UUUGGGGACGAGUUUUUGGGAAUGUGCGAUAUCAAGCAUGUGCAGGUACGUAAGGAAGUUUCUUUUUUGUCGCAUUGUGCAUAUAGUAGUUCUUGGGACGACCACCAGCAGGCCUUGAGCCAGUCGAAAUUUCCUCUCACCGAAUGCAGUACUAUCAUGAUCACCUGCCUCCAUGUAGGUCGACCUCGUCUUGCAGUACUGGAAACAAACAUUUAAAAAUCGCGCUCUUCAAGAAAAACCUUUACAUCAUUUUCAAACAGGGGCAUCUUUGUCCCGGUGGAGGUUUCGAACCGGACUUCUCCUUUGGUCAAAACAGCCGGAUGUUGAAAAAAGCCAGCAUUCUCGCCAUUAUGCGAGCCGGUAAGUACAUGGCAGACGGGGUUUAUGACAUCCUCGGCAAGAUGAGCGCCGCGCGCAUCGACUUCCCGCACCAAGCCGGCGAUCUGUUGCCGGAUAAGCACAAUGUCAUCAGUGGGGCGGGCGUGUUUCUUUUGGUGGAUCCGGUGGUGAACAGCGGGGCGACGAUGGUGGAAUUCAUCAAGACCAUUGCCGCGGAGAAGGCGAAGGAGGUGAUCGUGGAGGUGGAGAGAAACAAAAACAAAAACAAAAGUUCUACUUUCCCUGACAACUUCAACUCGACAAACCAACAAAACGAAAACACGAGGACUAGAAACGAAAUCAGAAUCCUGAUGCUGACCGGCGUCGUGCAGGCGGCGACUUUGAACGAAAACAGCGAAUUCAGGAAACAGAUCAAGCAGAUUCAGGAGGAAAACGCACGGUCUACUUCAGCGUGGUUGGUUGUAAAAGUGUAUUUGUUCACCCUUCGCGUUUCGGAGAACCAGUACAAUGGGGUGGGUGGGACUGAUACGGGGAACCGCCUGUUCAACACGGAGGUGUAAAGCAAAAAUAUUUUUAUCUUGUAUAUGUUGUACUAGAAAAGUCAACAUUUGAUUUUGUUUUCGCGCAUUCUUGUUCAGGAUUUGGUUUGCGGACACCGACCUAUCCUGUGGAGCAAUUUCUACUUUUCUUUGAGCAAAUUUAUACACAAGAGUUUCAUGCUUUCACAUACUAGAGGUACCAUCGAAGUACAGUACGGUGUACUACUAUGCAUGUGAAGAAACUUGUUUUUCUUAUUCUUUCAACCCCUAAUUGUUUUUUGUAAGAUUCUCAUUCGUAUAAAAAUAAAUCAAAAUGCAAAAAUUGUGUCUGUUGCAGACCUCAUUCUUGGCACUGCAACUACUGUUUCAUUUAAUAAUUUCGAGCGAUUUCAAGACCAAGGCAAGAAGAAGAAGAAGCUAUUUUGAAACACGUCGUGCCUGUAGUAGUGUCUGCCACUGAAUACAAAUACAUCCUUUAUUCCCAAUGUAGCAGUCGGCAGUCUUGAGAAGGUUUUUACCUGUGCCGUCGAAAGACCAAAAACGCACUAGAUACCAGCUUUCAAAGACGAUUAACGUACGUAGAGUUACUUCGCUCUCCGUAUUUUUAG